AUGACCACACCCAACAAUAUGGCAAGCAACCCCGGAUGCCAGCCACUAUACGCUGCUAUAUCCCGAGCUCCUAGUACUCAGCAGAGGUCUGGUAGGAAACGCCGCCAUGAGGAGACCCAAGACGAUGAGUAUGCAUCUCCUACACCACGUUCAGUGAGACGGAAGCAAGUCCAAAAUGCAAUCGCGAGUGGGAAUAGGCCCGUCAUCGAUUUAACAUGUCGAGGCACCACCCCUCAAGCUCAACCUCCAAACCCCAACAAGCGGAAGAAGGUUGAAAAAUCCCCCGUGGUUGAGAAAGAGGAGCGCAGGCUACGCAUGUUCCGAAACCAUGCACCCCAGAGCUAUUUGCAGAAGCUAGAGAGAGCGAGGACGCAGAGGAUGUUUGUCGUUAGUCGCACGAGAGAAGCAACGGAAGAUGUGCCUACGGAGAGGGUCCAUAUUGUAGGGACAACCGGUAACAUCUAUCAAGUCGAGAUCGCCUUGGAGCCUUCGUGUACGUGUCCUGACGCGGAGAAGGGAAACCAAUGCAAGCAUAUAAUUUAUGUCCUAUGCAAUGUCCUUAAAAUGACAGGUUACCUUGCAUAUCAAAGGGCAUUCCUAUCAUCGGAACUCCGUGUGAUUUUUGCGAAUGCUCCACUGAACCCUCAAGACAACUCGUCAGGGGAAAAUAAGCCUGGCAAAAGAAAACCAGUCGAUGGAGAUUGUCCAAUCUGUUUUAUGGAAUUUGAGCACUCGACUGAGGAGGUCGUUUGGUGUAAAGCUGCGUGCGGAAACAAUAUUCACAAGUCUUGUUUCGAGAAGUGGGCAGCGACUCAGCAGGGCAAUGGAGUUCGCUGCGUUUAUUGCCGCUCCGCGUGGGCAGCUGAUACUUCAUUAGAGCAGCUUUUAAGCCAAGGCACAGUCAACGACGAGGGAUAUGUCAAUGUGGCUCGGCAAGUUGGAUUGUCGGGUGUUCGGGGUAUGAAUACUCUUCUCAUUAUUAUCCGUCAUAUCACUGGUCUCGCCGACGGCGCUAUUCAUCCAACUACAACUAAAACUACGAUUACAACUAUGACGACGACUACUAAGACGAUACAUGCAAAGAUCUGCCACGCCAUCAUCUGGCAGGAUCCACACCACGACCCGUGA